AUGCCGCAGUUCCACCGUCCCACAAAGGAAGAACUUCUGGCUGCGGCCACGGGUUUCUGGUCUCGCCUCAAGGUGCAUUUUAAAUGGUUCACAAUCAAGAGCACGAGACCUUUCAAUCUAGAUGAGAUUGUCGGAUUCAUCUCGUGGAUCGCGUUGGGCCAUGUCAUCUGGAUUGUUGUCGGUACUACGACCUUCGUUUCUCUGGCCAUCCUAGCCAUCAAUACCGUCUUUGCACAAGAAACUCUUGCUGGUUGGAUCGGGAACUACUUGACGAAAUCAUCUGGUCUACAGGUCGUUUUCGAAUCCGCGAUUGUUCCUAAAUGGGGUGAUGGGGUCAUCACAUUCAAGAACGUCUUCGUCUCCAGGAGGCCCGGCCGGGCGCAUUCGCGCGUCACCAAAGGAUCUCCUGAAGCAGCCGCUCAGGCAUCCUCGGCGGAGGAUCCCGUGCCUCCAGAAGAACAGAACUAUACACAGUUCGACAUCACAAUUGGGGAAGUUAAUGUCACACUAUCGUUCAGCAAAUGGUGGAAUUCCAAAGGCCUACUGCAAAAUGUGGAAGUGAAACAUGUCAGAGGAGUCGUCGACCGCACCCACGUUUUUGCCACCGGUGAAGAAAUUGACCCAAAGUCGCUGCGACACGAGCACACCCCGGGGGAUUUCGAGAUCGAAUCCUUCAAAAUUGAGGAUCUUUUACUGACAAUCCUCCAGCCGGAGGGUUUUCGGCCAUUCCCGGUCAGUAUUUAUAAUGCUGACUUGCCGCGGCUGAGGAAGCAGUGGUUGUUCUACGACUUCCUCUGUGCCAACAGCAUCACCGGCGAAUUCGACAAAUCUCUCUUCACCAUCCAUCCGCGGCAGACACAUUCGUACACCGGCACAACACUGAACGAUCCCCAAGAUCCAUCCAAUGAACCGUGGAAGAAACAAUCACGCAUCCGCAUCGAUGGCAUAAAUAUCGACCAUAUCAAUCGGGGGGUGGCUGGCCCCUUAUCUUGGAUCCACGAGGGCAAUGUUGAUAUUGUGGCGGACAUUAUGAUUCCUAACGACAGCGAGGAAUCUGUCAUCAAAGUCGUGACUGAUUUCUAUGAACGGAUGGAAGCCACUCUGACGUCGAAGAAACAUCUGGAGCAGCAGCGUUACGGCGAAGUUUCUCCUGAGGAUGAACCUAUUGCGUCCGGCGGAGUCGUGCUGACAACUCCAAACUCCCAACCGGUGAGAGAAGAGGACAAGCGCUUUAUCGUCAUGGACCUCCGAAUUCAUUUGAACGACGUCCGCGCCGUCGUCCCCAUUUUCACCCGCGAUCUAUCAUAUAUCAACAAUGCACUCAUCCGUCCCAUCGUCGCCUAUAUCAAUUCCCGGAGGACAUUCAUUCCGAUCAAUUGUCGGGUUGUCAAGCGUCUGUCUGAUUUUGAUGGAAGCUGGACCGUAUUCGAUUCCGGAUUGAUGGACGAUCUGUCGGCGGAAGUGUACGACGCCUUUGCACGAGAUGUCACAGAUGAGCAGGCACGCUUGAGACGAUUCAAGAAAGUCGGAUUGUGGAGUCUACAGCUUGCUGUGCAGGCCAUAUUCCUGGUAAGUUCACUUCGCCUGAUCUUCUCAGCUUGA